UCGAAUUUGUAUUUCCCAAGUACGCGCGAUCCGAAAAUCAGACAGCAACGCGUCUCUGUGAAUUUCGAUGCUUUAAAGUGAAGAAAUAGGAAUUAUUACAGAAUAGAAUGCCUGCAAAUUCUAAAAAGUGAAGUUACUCAGCAAUUACGAUUUGUGUUUUUAAAGUUCAUUCAGUGCGCUACGGCAUAAACUAAUUAAAUAAACUUAACCAAACACUAAAGUAACUUUAAGCCUAUUGUAUCUUAAUGCAAAAACAAAUAACUAAAGUCGUGAAACCCAAGCCAUAAUAAAUACUACACUACUACAAAAACCCACCAAGCUAAGUAACCAAAAAUGUCUAAAAAACUCCCAACUAUAUCUGUAACUGCCGAUAAGCGUUCUACGCAUUCCGAUUUAUCAUCGUCCUCAUCGUCAUCCCACGACACCGAUAGCAAUGACAUGGACUAUGGGCGCGAUGGCGCCGGGGGCGUGACCGACGUUGAAGAUUUCGACAGCCAGGCAGAGGCUCUGAAGCCCAGCCCGCGGCGAGGCUCUGCAUCCAAGUCGUCCCUGAAACCCAAAUUCCAACCAAAACCUAAUACAGGCGAACCCGACGUCACCGAUGUGGAGGACUACGACACAGAAUCGGACGAGGAUGAGAAGAGCACAGCAUAUCCAGAAUUAAAGAUGUCCCUUCGAGAGUUCCUCCAGCAGGGUCUGCAGAACCAGGAAGCCGUAGAUAAUGAUGCAAAAGAGAGCUGCGAGAUAAAAGCCGGUGACUUCUUGCAAGCACAAAACCUGAAUGGCAUGGCCGAUUAUCUAACUGAUUGCGAAGACUAUGAUACCGACUCUGAAGUAGGAUUUGGCUGCGAGAAAUCCGUGUGCGUGGACCUGGAUCAAGCGGUGGGCGAUCAAGGACGAGUCGCCAUUGCUGAUGGCGAGAAGAACCAAGACGAUUCCGACCAGUAUGAAGAUGUCUCCGUAAUUAGUGACAUUAGUGACCUGGCCUCAGCCAUGUCCGAUUGCACUGGCAUCGGAGUGCGCGGUGCGUCUGAAGACGAGGUUCUAGAGGUAUCCGAUAGUGGUCGCGAAGAAGUGUGCCAAAUUGCCUGUUCGGGCACUGAGUCAGAGUCGGAGGGCGCGGCAGCCUGGAGUCGAAGUGCAAGUGAGACUAGUUUUCCACCCAUUGAUGUGGCCUUUGUAAGUGCCAGCGGACAACCUCGUCGGAAUUCCAAGUCCAGUAUGCCCAUGCCAGGACAGAAGCAAUUUUUACUGGCGGCAGCAAAAAACGAAGAGGUUUUGACCGAUGUCGAAGGCAUUGAUGAUUCUGCAGCAGAAGAUAGCUUUGACAAUGAGGAGGAAGAUGAGGAACCCAUACCCCGAGCCAUCAUUCUGGCCUCUGGCGAUGACGGCACCUGUCUGACCGAUGUGGAGGACAUGUUUUGUGAGGACAAUUCGUUGGCCAGCACAGUUCCUGAAGCGCGUUCAGUAUCCCACGAAGUGCUGCCGCUGCCACACCGCGAGGUGGUAGAACUGAAGGAGGACAAGAACGGUGACACUAUAACCAAUGUAAUGCCUAUGGACUGCAACUAUGAGUUUGGCAUUUACAAUCAUCUAAAGGACACCAUUCACACCGACUCGGAGGAUUAUUCUUGUGCCGAUGACUGGAGUCUUCAGCACUCAAUUGCCGAAUAUUCUGCAGCAGGAGGGUCCCAUCUAAUCGAAAACGAGGUGAUCGUAUCCAAUGAACUCUUGAAGCAGCAGCAAAACAAACGCUUGGAGGUGCAGAGCAACGCCGAGUCCGUCACAGAUGUGGAGGAGAUCUUUGUGGCCGGUACAAACAGGCGUAAAAAGUUGAAGACCCGCACUCUGAGCAAAGGAAAGAACAAGCUGCUGGACGUUGUCAAAGGCAAAGAAGAUGGAGUGACCGAUGUUGAGGACAUGGACCUGAGUGAAUGCGGUCUACCUCCAGGAUUGAAACGGGUGGAGCAACUUAAGCUACAGGCUAAGGGAUCGAAUGCAGACAAGGUAACUGACGCCGAGGACGUAUCCACCGAUGAUGUGUCCGACAUCUCUGACGCCUCCGAUAUCCCACCGCCAUCAUCGGUUGACAAGUCGGGAAGCAAGACAAAACUACAGCCGCUUCAGUUGCGUCUGCUUAAGGACGAUAUUGUCAAUCAACAGCUCACGGACGUGGAGGACGUUCAGCUACCGUCGGAGGCGGAGGACGCACUGGAACCACCGGCCAUUCCAGUGGCCAAUAGCAAUAGUAAGGAACUCAACGAUAUGUUGAACGAGAGCUACACGGUGGUGCAUGAGAGGACUGGUCGCAGCUUCAACAGCGAGGCCGAGAAGCUGCAUAUAAAGGGCGUAAUCCGAGAUGCCCAUACCGACGUUGAGUAUGUUGAGUCCGACGAGUCAGCCGCUAGGGGUGGCAACUAGCCUGCCCCUUUCCGUGUCCUCAACCAAUCCGAUCCGAUCCGAAUCGGUCGCAAGCUGUUGCCAAAAGAAAUCUCAACAAUAGUUCAUAAGUGUUCAUAGAUACGAAAAUCCCAACACACACACUAAAGCAUUUUGUAAGUAAAGCCAACAAUUACCAAAACAUUUUCGUUCAAGUUCUUGCCACAAUCAAAAAGCAGCAAAAAGCCUUAAAUCUACUCGCAUCGAUCCCAUAAGUCUAACCCCUGUGCCAGUGCCAUACUAACAGUUUUCUAACCGUCACCUAGGCGUCGUUCUACUAACAUUCACACUCUAUUGUUGAUCCUAACAGAAUUGUUAUUUGAAAAUUUCAUUUUGUUUGUCCUUUGUUCGAUUGUCUGUAAAUCAUUCAUUAUCAUUUCGUUUGUAGAGUAUUAUAAUGUAGCCCUAGGUCACUUUUGUGUUCUUUUUAUACAUCCGUAGAAUGUCUCUAAU